UCCCUUCUAUCUUAGUUACGGUGGCUAGUUGUUACACCAGCUUAAGACAGGCUUUAAGACAGGCUCAAUGACCGAGCGAAAUGCGUGUAUAAUAACAUAGUUACUCAAAGGAAUUAAGGUUGGCUUGCAAUUUUUGCAACGCGCAGUUUAUUACUGAACAUGGAGGCAGAGUCCGAUGCUGCCAACAUCAAGUCAGAAGAGGCAAAUUUGGAGAAUCAGGAUCUAAGUUUUCUUCAAGCAACUGUUUCUGCAUUUCUCUCGGAGAAUGGAUGGUACCUGCUGAUCCUGGGUGUGGGAGUUUAUCUCCUUAUUCAGCAUCUCAGUAAGAAGAGACCCAACCAGGAUCAAAAUUCGACCUCAGCAGCCAGCCAAGUUGUCUUAUCUCCAGAUGCAAUGUCCGUGGUAAGACGUCAGGAGGCUUUGGAAGCAUCUCGUCGAAAAAUGCAAGCAGAGCUUGAUGCCAAAGCUGCAGAGUUCAAAGAGAAACAACAGAGAGUGGAGGAGGAGAAAAGACGACAAAAAAUUGAGAUGUGGGAGAGCAUACAGGAGGGGAAGAGUUACAAAGGGAAUGUGAAACUUGCACAAAACACUGAUGAGGCUGCCGGUUCCUCCACAGUGCUGAAGCCAAAGACUGAUAAAAAGCCCCUUCGCAGCAGUGGUUAUAACCCCUUGAGUGGUGGAGGAGGAGGAGGAGGAACCUGCUCAUGGAGACCUGGCAGAAGAGGACCCUCAGCGGGUGGAUGAGGUUAAAGGAGGUCAGAGGGACAGGGACCUAGUUGCCUCUGACCUUUUGACCUCAGGCACAGGAACACAAACAGCAACUGAACAAAGCUGUCACCUCUCAUCAUGGUUCUGCAGCAGUGAUUUAAUGAGAAUGCUCUGUUUUACCUUAAAAUAAUUAGCAUUAUUAUACACAAAAUGUUUUUUGCUUCCCUUUCAUGGGCUGAAAUCUGAAAGUUAUUAUUUUGAGAUUGUCAUCGUUUUAGAAUUCUCUGUUUUCAGACCUUCUGAUUCCAUCAAUCUGGGAAGUAAUCGGGCAGUAUAACCUGGAUUUGAAAAAUUCUGACUAUAAUUGUGCGUUGCGGAGAGUUUAUAGUCCAGAUAUUUGCACAUGUAUUUGCACAUUUGCUUCAUAGAUAUUGACGCAACAUUUUUUUUGCAGCGUUUUUAAUUAUGCUUGGAAACUGAUAAUCCUGCUUUGUGAGGAUCUGUGCACUAUAGCAUCAGGAAACUAAUAUCCAUGUGAGACUGACAGCUUCUAAUGAUGCCACCUUAUCAAAAGGACUUGGGCCAGUGGGGUUGGCUGAUGAUUUCAGUUGUGAAAAUGUGGUCCUGAUUUUUAACACAUCAAACAUUAAAAUGCCAUGCUGUAUGUACCCUAAGUGUAUGUAGAUAUUUUAGGUGGCUACUGUGCUGUAGGAUUUAAGGUGCUUGCUUUACCUUGGGAGUAGCUGUCUCAUGAUUUACCAAACAAAGCACUUGUUUGUAAGACAUCGUGGCCUCUUAUACCGUGGAUUCUUUGUAGUGAUGAGAACUGUGGGUUGGCUUGAAAGGUCUCUUUCUUUUUUCAGUUGAUUCUAUAUUUGUAUUUCCUUGUGUUUCAAUAUUAAAACUCUUUGCAUAGCA